GACAAAACUCAGAUGGACGCACAAGCUUGAGCUGAUCACAGGAACAUCAAUCGGAGCGAUCCAAGCAGGUCCACAGAAGUCAAACAUGAGCACUUUCGUGACUCUCUCAUCAGGGCAGAGAAUGCCCAUCAUUGGACUUGGCACAUGGAAGAGUGCUCCAGGACAGGUGAAACAGGCAGUGCUGGCAGCUUUAGACUGUGGGUACAGGCACAUCGACUGUGCAGCUGCUUACGGUAAUGAACAGGAGGUUGGAGAGGCUCUGGCUCUCAGGGUUGGUAAGGGGAAGACUCUGCGCCGUGAUGAGGUGUUCGUGACUUCCAAGCUGUGGAACACUAAACAUGACCCAGAGGAUGUUGAAGAGUCAUGCAAGACAAGUCUGGCCCAUCUGGGUCUCUCCUACCUGGAUCUUUACCUCAUGCACUGGCCCAUGGCCUUUCAGAGGGGGAAGGAGCUGAUGCCUCGACGAGAUGAUGGAAGCAUUUGUUACUCUGACACACACUACAGACAUACUUGGAAAGCCAUGGAGAGCCUUGUAGAUAAAGGUCUCGUCAAAGCUAUAGGACUGUCCAACUUCAAUGCCAGGCAAACUGAUGACAUCAUCAGCAUGGCCAAACACAAACCUGUAGUCAACCAGGUGGAAUGCCAUCCUUAUUUGUCUCAAACGGAUCUCCUGUCCCACUGUCAGUCAAUGGCGGUUUGUGUAACAGCUUACAGUCCUCUGGGCAGUGGAGACAGACCCUGGGCGUCUGCGGAUGAGCCUAGUCUCCUGGAGGAUCCUCGACUGGGAGCCAUCACCCAGAGAUACCAGAGAACACCUGCACAGCUGAUACUAAGGUGGCACAUUCAGAGAGGUGUGGUCUGCAUCCCCAAAAGUGUGACACCCUCGAGGAUCCAACAGAACUUGGAAGUGUUUGACUUUUCCUUGUCGCACGAGGACAUGGAGCUGAUCAACUCUUUCCACCACGGCAAGCGUUUCAUCGUUCCAACAGUUGAGAUGGAUGGCAAAAGAGUGUGGAGAGAUGCAGAACAUCCUCAUUUCCCCUUCCAUGAUCCUUACUGAGUCUACAAAAUGGGGUUUUCCAGAUCAAAAGGACAAAUAGAGAAAACAGUAAAUGUAAUCUCAAUGUAAUUUCCAUCUCUUUCAAAGUGACUACACUGUAUAGUGCUGUUAAGGCUUGCAUUGUGUUUGAGGAAUAAAAAAAAAAGCAGCUCUGA